AUGGGUGGAAACCCUGGAAAUGGAAAUGGAUUUGGAAAGAAACCAUGGGCUGCCAACCAAAAUCAGAAUCAGCCUCAGAACCAACAGCAUCAAGCAAUUAUAAAAACACCUUGCCCAAAGUGUCAGAAACUCCAUCUGGGAGAAUGCCUGAGAGGAAUGAAUGUCUGCUUUACAUGCGGAGAAACUGGGCACUAUGCUCCGGCAUGUCCAAGGAAGAGAGGAGGAGCACCGCAACAGCCACAGAACCAGGCUUUGUUUGAUACUGGAGCGUCCCACUCUUUCAUUUCACAUGCUGCUUGUAAGAGAUUAGAACUGACACCACAAUUGGCUGAGACAACUUUAGAGGUUAGCACCCCUGGUGGUGGAAGAUUGGCUAUUAAAGACGUUAUCUCGAACUUAGAGCUGAACAUAGGUGCUGAAACGUUUAAGGCAGAAUUGUAUGUCAUCGCUAUAAUAGAUUUUGACAUGAUCCUAGGGAUGGACUGGCUCACUCAAGUCGGUGCCACCAUACUGUGUAACGAGAGAAAGAUCUCUUUCCAAUCCGCUGGAAAGGAGAAAGCAAGUUUUCAUGGCAUAAGAAUGGGAGAAAGAGUACCAGUGAUUUCAGCAAUGAAGGCCAUGAAGAUGAUAAGGAAGGGAAAAUGUCAGGCUUUCCUAGUCAGUUUGACAGGAGAACAUGAAGUAGAGAAAAUGAUCGAAGAAGUUUGCGUGGUUCGAGAGUUCAAAGAUAUAUUUCCUGAAGAAUUGCCCGGUUUGCCACCAGACCGACAAUUAGAAUUCACGGUAGAUCUGGAACCUGGAGCAGCACCAGUGUUUCAUACGACCUAG